AUGGCGGAGCGGGCGCCGGAGCCCGAGGCGGAGGCGGAGGCUGAGGCGGGCGCAGGCGGGGAGGCGGCGGCUGAGGAGGGAGCGGCGGGCCGCAAGGCGCGGGGCCGACCGCGGCUUACGGAGUCGGACCGAGCCCGGCGGCGGCUGGAGUCCCGGAAGAAGUACGACGUGCGGCGCGUGUACCUGGGCGAGGCGCACGGGCCCUGGGUGGACCUGCGGCGCCGCAGCGGCUGGAGCGACGCCAAGCUCGCCGCCUACCUCAUCUCGCUGGAGCGCGGCCAGCGAAGCGGCCGCCACGGGAAGCCUUGGGAGCAAGUCCCCAAAAAGCCAAAGCGGAAAAAAAGGCGGCGACGCAACGUGAACUGCCUGAAGAAUGUGGUGAUCUGGUAUGAGGACCACAAGCACCGCUGCCCAUAUGAGCCACACCUUGCCGAGCUGGACCCCACCUUUGGCCUGUACACCACAGCAGUGUGGCAGUGUGAAGCCGGCCACCGCUACUUCCAGGACCUGCACUCCCCGCUGAAGCCCCUCAGUGACUCGGACCCCGAAAGUGACAAAGCGGGCAAUGGCCAGGUGGCUGGCAGCUCUGACUCCCCCAGCUCUGGCUCAGGCUCCGACUCUGAGGAGCCCCCAGAGAGCCAGCCAGCCAAGGCUUCAGCAGCUGCAGCAGCAGUCACCCCCACCAGCCCAGUGGGCAGCAGUGGGCUUAUCACUCAGGAAGGUGUGCACAUCCCCUUCGACGUCCACCAAGUGGAAAGCCUGGCUGAGCAGGGCACCCCGUUGUGCCCCAACCCUGCAGGCAGUGGGUCUGAAGCCCUCGAGACAGUGGUGUGUGUGCCAGUACCUGUGCAAGUGGGUACUGGCCCCGGCGCCCUCUUUGAGAAUGUGCCCCAGGAGGCACUGGGCGAGGUAGUAGCCAGCUGCCCUGUGCCAGGCAUGGUGCCCGGCUCCCAGGUGAUCAUCAUCGCGGGCCCUGGAUACAACACCCUCACGGCCGAGGGCAUCCACCUCAACGUGGCUUCGGGCAGCAGCGCCCCAAGCAGUGGCCUGGGCGAGGAGGUGCCCUGUGCCAUGAUGGAGGGUGUGGCAGCCUACACCCAGACAGAGCCUGAGGGCAGCCAGCCCAGCACCAUGGACACCACCUCCAUAGCCGGCAUCGAGACCAAGAAAGAGAAGGAGGAUCUAUACAUGCUCAAAAAGGAGGAGAAGGAGGAGCCUGUGGCCACAGAGCUGGCAGAGCUGGUGGCGACCGUGCCUGAGAGUGCAGAGCCUGAGGCAGAAGCAGAUGGGGAGGAGCUAGACGGCAGUGACAUGUCGGCCAUCAUCUACGAGAUCCCCAAGGAGCCUGAGAAGAGGCGGCGGAGCAAGCGGUCCCGGGUGAUGGACGCCGACGGCCUGCUUGAGAUGUUCCAUUGUCCAUAUGAGGGCUGCAGCCAGGUCUACGUGGCCCUCGGCAGCUUCCAGAACCAUGUCAACCUCGUGCACCGGAAAGGGAAGACCAAAGUGUGCCCUCACCCUGGCUGUGGCAAGAAGUUCUAUUUAUCCAAUCACCUGCGGCGACACAUGAUCAUCCAUUCAGGUGUCCGUGAGUUCACCUGCGAGACCUGUGGCAAGUCCUUCAAGAGGAAGAACCACCUGGAGGUUCACCGGCGCACACACACGGGUGAAACGCCCCUGCAGUGUGAGAUCUGCGGCUACCAGUGCAGGCAGCGCGCCUCGCUCAACUGGCACAUGAAGAAGCACACGGCUGAGGUUCAAUACAAUUUCACGUGCGAGCGAUGCGGGAAGCGCUUUGAGAAGCUUGACAGCGUCAAGUUCCACACGCUUAAAAGCCACCCGGACCAUAAGCCUACCUGACAUACUCGACCACUGACCGCCCCUAUUUAUUCGUCCACUCGGACAUUGCACUCGGGCCUGUCUGGGCCUGGACAGCCGCGGGGCGCCCAGACCGCAGGCCGGAAGGAGGCGCCCCCACCCCCUCCCAGGGCUGGGCCCCCUGGGCAGGUCCCCACCCGCCCCAACCCCCUCUAGAGCUGGUGCCUGGGGCUGCGCUACCUGAACUAUGUGUCGAGAGCAGAGAAAGAUUAAAGUGCGAGAAGGGAGAUGCCCUUCCCCUAGGUCUGGAUGAUUGAGGGGGCCCUCUCUCUCCAACCUACCUGGUCUCUUCCUGAGCAAGGCCGGGUUAGGGAGAUGUCCCUACACACCCUAGAGGACCCUUUCCUUUGAGCCUCAGCUCCUACUCGUUCCUUGGGCCUGGGGGAUCUUGGAGGUCACCAGGCAUUUCCCAGGACUCAGAAUCCUGGUGCCUCCUCCUAAAGUCUAUCAUGGAACACUCAUUCCCCAUCCACCCUCAGGAGGAGCUGGGAACGUGUUUAGUAAACCCCCCAAAUGAAACA